UGCAUAAGCGAGUAGGUAGCCACCAGAGGUCAUUUGAUGUAAUGCAGAGAGAUAUCUCACAAGCAUCUGAUUCUCCCAAGAAGAUAAGGUUCUUAGGUGAUUCUCCCACUACCAUCUCGGACUAUCAAAAUUCUUCAUUUGUGAUUUCAACGAAUAAGAGUGAAUCAAGGUUUGGGAGAAGAGCCUCAAGGCACCGGAAAUAGGAAACUCGAGAAGUCCCUCAGAUCAUUGAUCCUUCCUGAUAAGGAUCUUGAUUGGGGGAAAAUCGAUCUCGGAGAAAACCUUGGUGAUUUAUUGAAACCAUCUCAGCCUAAUUUCGGGUACGGAGAUGAACUGACUUUCUCCAAGGCUACUGAGAAUACAACCGGCUGGAAUGUAUUCCUAGACUGAGUCCAAAAGUAUCCAAAAUAGAGAAAGAGUAUGCUCCUUAGCUCAGAACAUAUUUGAGGCUAAACGCAUGGAAGAAGAGAAAUUGAAGGAGGCUAAGCGGCUUCGCAAACAAUCUAAGAUCACCAAAUUAAGCCAACGAGGUAGUUUCCGACCUCGUAAUAGUAUCAGACCUGGAGGUAGCAUUAGCUUUAAUAGAGGAGAUCAGAAAAUCCUUAAACCUGUUAUUGAAAAAGCUUAUCAGAAUUUCUUAGAGAACGAGAGCAAGAAGAAGCUGAGCAAGAAAUUGCCAAGUAUCUCUCAACAGAGGGUGAACCCUCAGUUGAGAUACAAAUCGACAAUGGGAACCAAGUCAAGAACAAAUGUGUGGAUGAAGAACAGAGGAAGAGAAAAAAGGCCAAAUCUGAAGUAUAAAAUGAAUCCAUCAAUUACCAGUUCGACUAAUUCACUGCAGUAUAAGCUCAAAAUUUUUCUCAAGAGCAUUGGCUCGGGAGACCAGAAUCAGGAGGCCUUACCUAAGACCCAAGUGCUGGCUAGUCAAAUUCAUAUUAAAAAAUAA